CUUUCUUUCUUUCUUUCUUUCUUUCUUUCUUUCUUUCUUUCUUUCUUUCUUUCUUUCUUUCUUUCCUUGACUCUGUUGAAUCCAAUGCUGCUUACUCCCAAAUGUGUCUCUUGAAUAGCACUUGUUGUUUUACAUCCCUUUCAUUGCCCUGAUCUUGCCCAAUCCAAUUUUUUUUCCAGAUGCAACAGACUACAAUCUUCAUCAUGGCUAGUCAACCCAGCCAUGGAUGAAAGGAAUGAAAAUAUAACACAUAUGGAAAUUCCUGUCUGCUGUCCAGACCUUCAUAGUUACACAGAGCAUGAACAGCCUGUUGGCACCAGAAUGCUUUUCAGUUUACAAGUUCAAAAGCUCAACCAGAAACACUACCGAUCCUCUUUGAAAAAAGAGUUCAAGCAAACAAAUAAACAAAAAUGGAAGGAAAAGAUCCAGAUGGCUCUUUGAUGGGGAUAUCUGCAACUCAAGCCAUCUUCCUAAAAGGUAAAGAAAACAGAAUCCCCUCGGAAUCAUAGUAAGAAAUAUGGAAGCUUUGAGUUCUCUAGUAUUCCUCCUUAUGGAAAAUGACUUACUUAGGAUAAUCCAAAUUCCCUGAAAAGCAAGAUGGCCAAGAGAUGCUUUUUGUGACGCUGAGAAGAAUGUGUAAAGUUGGAGGGUUUUCAAAAGAAAACUUGGCUAAGUACUAUUUGGGUCUCUGAGGCACAGCAAAUAAGGUAAUAUGGACAAUGCAGUGGCUAUUAUUUAAUCUUAAUUGCUAUUCUUAAAUGUUUAAGUUGUUUUAUAUGGGUGUCUGUAUGUGUGAUUUUGAGCUAUCUUUCUCCUCUCUUUUAUCUUUAAGGGUAUAGAUAUAUAGUCCUUUGGAUAUAGGACUCAUGCAGUCUACUAUCGCAGAAGCUACAUAGCCCCAAGGAAACUGUGUGUGUAUGUGUGAUGAGAUCUAUGCACCAUGAAUCAGCAACAUGUUUGCAUGUCUGAGAUUGGUGAUUCAAAGCAUUUCCUUAGGAUUCCGGCCCUUUCCUCUUAAUCAUAGCUAGACUUGGGAGAAUUAAAGACGAUGAACUUGUUCAUAUUUAGUUCAUAAGGGAAUAGGGCUGCUAUGAUUGACUUAAUGAUUAUCUCACAAGAUUGUUGUCACUUUUACUGAUCCAGGCAAUCAUUUGGCAGAUGUGGCUUUCUCCAGUCUGAAGAUGUUGCUAAAUAUCAGCCAGCAGUUGUUAAAGUCACAGGAACCCCAGUGUGUUUUGGAGUAACUAGUUCAUACAUCAUACUAUGAACACUUCAAUGCAAAUACUUUAUUGUACUGUUUUGAUUUCCCCAUCCAUUCUAAUUCGUUUGAAGGUGAUCUGCAAUUGUCUUCACUUCUGUCUAGCUUGAAACACUGAGAACAACUCUAUUGAGACAGAAGGGGAGGUGGUGGAUGAAAGGGAGCUGGGAGGUAGUGUAAGGUGAGUUUCUGUUAGUGAGGGAGUAGACUGCUGAUAAAUGCUGCCAUGCUCCAAGCAAAAAAUCAGUUGAGCUAUCAGUAUAUAGAUUUGGCUCUGGAUGCCGCAAAUAUCAUGAGAUUGGAUAAGUUGGGACCUUAUUAUGAACUAAUGCAAAGAUCUCACAUGGAAGUGCCUAAGCCACAAUGUGGUUUGAGCUUAGUAUAUUGUGAGCUCCCAGCCAUUGUAGCUGACUAAACAAAUCAUAGCAAGAUAGAAUAUGUCUUAAUAUGUGAUAGUUCAGACUAUGUUUCUGUGCUUAGCCACAUUGUUGUAAUAAUGAUUUGUUGAACAAGCCAUAAUGAUCUGGUUUACAAUAAAGCAUGAUGGGGGAGUUCGUUCAUUAUAGUAAGCCAAAAUCAAACCACAUUUUGGCUUAGUGAGUUCCAUAAACCAUUCUGGAUCUGAGGGAUAGAUAGAGGAAAGGUAUCAUUUGAUAGGGACCUAGCAAUUUCUAUCUCUCUCUCUUUGGCCUCUGUUUUACCAUGCAUUGCCUUACUGAUGAGGACCACUGUCCCACUUCUUCCUGCUAUGGGAGAUAGAGCAAGGGAUAAACUUUUGAUUUUAAUCUAUGAAUAUAUGACACUUCUUUAUGCUGUAUCAUAUAAUUGAUUUGUCUAGCCUAGUCCAUUUUCUGUGAUUGGUGGUUGCUCUCAAGUAAUUCUGCUACUCAGAACUGAUUGAAGUUGGUUGAUCCCAAGAAUUCAAAGCUAUGGACUCUCCCCAGAGAUGGAGCAUCCCAGUGACUUUGGACACAGGACAAGAUGGGCCGGAGGAUAUUAUCAGCCAGGUCCAAAGCCUUUCUGAAGAAGAAGAAGAAGAAGAGGCUUUGUGGGAGAAGAUUGAGAGUGUGAGACACCAACUAACUCGCUCUUUGAAUCCAGAAAAGCUGACACCAUACUUACGCCAAUGUCGUGUGAUAGAUGAGCAGGAUGAAGAGGAGGUGCUGAGUGCCUAUCGGUUCCCAUGUAGGAGCAACCGGACAGGACUCCUCAUGGAUAUCCUUCGAAGACGAGGGAAACGAGGCUACGAAGCAUUCUUAGAGUCCUUGGAGUUCUAUUAUCCUGAACAUUUCACCCGACUGACAGGAAAGCAGCCUGUUCAGCGUUGCUCUAUGAUCUUGGAUGAGGAGGGCCCUGAAGGCCUGACUCAGUUCCUGAUGAUGGAGGUGAAGAAGGUAAGGGCCCAACGGAAGGAGCAUCUGGCCAGAGAACACCAGCUCCAGAUGAAGAACCAAGCGUUAGACAAAGAAUGUAGCCAGUUGAAGCAACAGCUCCAAGGAUUACAGAAAGUGCAAGAACGUUGGCAGAGGUUCCAAGAAGAGUGGGACUCCAACAGCCUGGAGCUGCUAAGGCUGAAGGAUGAAAAUUAUAUGCUGGCCAUGCGCUAUGCACAACUGUGUGAAGAGAAAAAUGCUGCUGUCUUAAGGAGUAGGGACCUGCAACUUGGGGUAGAUCAGUUGAAAUGCAAGAUCACUAGUAUGGAGGAAGAGUGCUCCUUAUUGAAGAAGCAAGCAUUAAUGGUUCCUCAGCGAGAGGUGGAGGAUCAUGGAUUUAUUGACAACAUUUCUGAAUUGCAAGCUGAGAACCAGAGGCUAAUUGCUUCACUUCAGGAGCUGCAGAAUGUAAUGCAGAAAGCAAGGGAAGACCAGGUUCCGGGCUCUGAGAGGGUCCUUCUAGACAUUCUGGAGCAUGAUUGGAAGGAAGCACAAGCAGAUCGACAGGAACUGUGCCAGAAACUCAACUCCUUACAAAAUGAGCUGCAGUGGGCUGAAGAGCUGAGAGAUAAGUACCUGCAAGACAUGGAGGAUUUGCAGUUGAAAUUCCAGACUCUGCAGAAGAACUGUGAACUGUAUAAGCACAGGAUGAACACCGUGCUGGCUCAGCUAGAGGAGAUUGAGAAGGAAAGAGAUCAGGCCAUUCAAAGCCGAGAUAGCAUUCAGCUCCAGUAUUCCCAAAGCCUCAUUGAGAAGGACCAGUAUCGUAAACGCGUUCGGACUUUGGAGGAAGAGAGGGAUGACUUGCUGAGCAAACUCACACAGGCUGAGGGCAAGAUUGGCACACUAGAGGGACAGUUGCAGCGAUGCUUGUGUAACAGGGGCCUUGCCAAGAAGAUAUGUUCCUCUUCCCAUUCACUCUACAGCAGCGCUUGGAGCGUAAUAGAGAAGCCUUUGUCCCCGGAGGAUGGGAUUGUAGAUUCACCAGACAUCUUGGACAUCGUGUUCCCUAGAGACUCUGUAGGGCCAGAUGUGGAAGUGACUCCAGACAGAGAGAAGGAAAUAAACCGGCUCUCCAUCUUUCCCUUCCCGCCAUGUGCGGGUUCUAUACUACGACGGCAACGUGAAGAUAGGCCAACUCCUGUCAAGAGUUGGUCUUAUGGGUCCUUUGGUAGCAUGGAAGACUUAACAGGAAGUACCACCACCACCACCACAGUCUCUUCUGCCAGAUCACCUUCCUCUUCCAGCAGUGCACAUACCAGGACAAAAUCAGAAGUCUGCUUGUCCAGUGAUUCUGAUCAACAAAAGUUUGCCAGAAGAUUGGUUAUGGUGCAUUUGUCUAACACAAGUCCCCUAAGUGUUCCAGCACCCCAAAGCAGAGGACUGACUGGAGACAUUUCCAUCCUUGGAGGAAAUAGAACUGGAAUUUAUGUCCAGUGGGUGAAACCAGGCUCAGAAGCUGAGAAUGCAGGACUACGAGAGGGAUGUCGGCUCCUAGAACUUAGGGAGGCACAGCUAAAUGGAGAGGGGCUCUCUUUGGAGAACUGCACACUGGAGGUUGCUCACUUAAGUUUGUUGCAUUGGAAGGACCCAUCUGCUCUUCUAUUCUUACAUGAUAUGAGAGGUUACCAGCCUCUCAAAGAAGCACUUGAUUCCAGAAAGAAAAUUCUUGGUGACUCAUUUUAUGUGCGUACUAACCUGAGCCUCCUGGAGCUUUCAAACCCAUAUGCUCUAUGUGUGAAAUGUCGAGAGAUCCUUCAUGUUACUGAUACCUUGUAUAAGGGGCAGUUGGAAUGGUACUGUGCCCGUGUGGACCCCUUCACGCUUCAGGACUUGGACAGGGGCACGGUACCUAAUUACAACAGGGCUUACCAGCUCUUGAAGAUACAGCUAGCAAUGUGGCAGAAAGGCUGCAGGAAUAAGAAACGGACCCUGAAGCAGCUUCGCCUGGUAAAACACAAGAAACAGGAUGAGGCCCCUUGGCUGGACUCUUGCCCAGAUGGAGUUGAAAAACCAUAUAGUCUGGUCCAUCCUAUAAUGGUUCAGACCCGUCGCCCUGUUAUGCUUUCACCUGGAUGCUUAGCUCCUCUGCUCCUAAGGAACCUUCUGGACCUCCCUUCUUCAAAUCAGGAUUUCUGCUUCAUCCCAACAGAUAACCUUGAAAAACAAAGAGGAUUCUCUGCCUCUUCCAAGAAUGAUGUUAAUGCCGAGAGGCUCUCUCAGAGUCAGAGGGACCGUGGGAUGAUCCACAUGAUCCAAGAAGCUAUUAAAAAAAACCAACACUGUCUGCUGGAGCUGGAGGUCCAGCUGGUAAAGGACCUAAUUAAAAGUGAAAUAUACCCCAUCAUUAUCCAUGUUAAAGUCACUGAGAAGAAGAUCAAAGGAGUCAGGAGCCUAUUAGGGAAGCCAGGGCAGCGAGAUUCUGAGGUCCUGAAGAAAUGUCAAAGAGAUGAAUGGGUUCUCCAUACCUUACCUUGUUCAUGGGCCUGGGUAGAUCCUCACUCCUGGAGCAGUGCAGAGGAACUGGUAAAGGUGGUACGGGCCCACAUCUUCCAAGAACAAACCAGGAUAGUGUGGGUUGAGGAGAGUGAUGUGUGAUAGGUGAUGCUGAAGAAAAAGGCUGACACUUUGGGUUCACUGCAUGAAGAAGAAUGGCCUCUGCAGGACAGAGGCAUGGGCUCUAUGACUCACCAAUAUUGUCUUAUAUUUGCCAUUUACCCCAUAUAAUUGGACAUUUGGUGUAUCUGGCAUGUUCAUGAUCUGGGUCGUUUCUUUUUUUUUUUUUAAGCCACAAAAUUGUGGUUGUGGUGGGGAAUGAAUGAAUAAAUAAAUAAAUCUAAA